GUUGAUAAGCAGGUCACCUAGCUGAUAAGAACAGUCCAUUUAAAUGAUAUAUCGAUCAUUUAUUAGAAGAGUGGCGUAUAUCAAACAUCACGAUUGUUGGGUUAAUGAUGCAGAAAUGUUAUUAUAAUUAAUGCAGAGGGCUUGAGAAGUGUACAAGUUUGAUCGUUGAAAGAAUUCGAGUUUAAUUUUGUUUUAUAUAUUCUUAUUUGAAUUAGUUUGCAGUUUGGAACCUUUUAGGCACGCUAUUGAUAAGCUAGGUAUUUUUUGUUGACCGAAUUUUUGAACUUUAGUCUUAUCAUAAAUUACAGCUUGGCAUUUAUUUUUGUCUUUAAGAAUGAGACCACUGAAUCGAACCAGUCCAGACAGAAAUUAUAUUUCGCAUGAUUUUCAGCAGAUAAGAUUAACCCAUCUCCUUCUAGGAAUUGCUAUAAAGCUGAAAAGUUUAGUCUCGCCAAGUCACUUGCCAAUAUCUAUCUUGCCAAAGAACAUGGCGAAAAAUUAUUGGUUCUUCCUACAGUGCUUAACCAUAUGGUUAAUGCUGGGUUUGAGUCAGCAGGCUUCCUUUUCGAGGAAAGAAUACUAUACUGCUGGUGUGGUGGAGUUUAGGCCGUCGAACUUAUUGUCCGAUAAUCUAGACGGCUAUGUGAAGAUCAUUCACUCAAAGAAUGCCAGCUCGACGGACAUUAUUGUGUUCCCGGAGAGCACCCUCAAUGAUAUGGGUCCAACGACCUUUGUGCCCAAUCCCGAGGACCGGAUAAAUCCCUGUUUAAGUGAUCCCAAUGGCAGCCACUUCGAGCAUUAUCUGGUGACCCUAUCCUGUGCGGCCCGCAAUGCCAGCAAGUAUAUUGUGAUCAAUCUCACCGAGAAGCAAAAGUGCCAGGAUGUUCACGAGGAUACGAGACCCUGUGCCGUGGAUGGCUUGAAUGUGUUCAAUAGCAACGUGGUCUUCGAUCGUCAGGGAGUGGUGGUGUCCAGAUACCGAAAGGUUCACCUCUAUGGUGAACCCAAGAACAGCACUUACCUGCCGGAACUGAGCACUUUCGAGACGGACUUCGGGGUCACCUUCGGGCACUUCAUCUGCUUCGAUAUCCUGUUCUACACGCCAGCCCAUCAGCUGGUGGAUCAGGGAGUCACGGACUUUGUAUACCCGGCCAUGUGGUUCUCCCAAUUGCCCUUCCUUACAGCUGUUCAGAUCCAAUCGGGCUGGUCCUAUGCCAACGAUGUGAACCUGCUGGCCGCUGGGGCAAGUGAUCCCACCGUGGGAAAUAGUGGUUCGGGUAUUUACCAAGGACGCAGUGGCGCUCUGAGGAGUGUGAUGCGUCAGGGCUCCGGGGAACGGGCUAUAUAUGUGGCCCGAGUACCCAAAUACAAGGGCAAACGGCGGAUGAAAAGGAAUCUCAACCGACAGGUGGCCACCAGUUCCAGUUUCAACAUAAAACGUGACUAUCUGGAGAAUUUCACCAGCGAGGAGCUGCAAAUAGAGGCUGGGAAGAACGGUAAUCUCAGCAAGAUUCUAUGUCAUGGUGGCUUUUGCUGUCAUUUCGACGUGGCCUGGAGAUCCUUGGAAAAUGCUGCGGGGAACUCCAGUUACUAUAGCUAUCGCGUGGGUAUUUUCGAUGGUUGGCGUAAUCAGAAGCGGCUGGAUGUCAACUAUAUUCGAAAUUGCGGUUUGUUCACCUGUUCCGGGGAUUCGAUAGAUGACUGUGGUCAGCUGCUGCCUGACCUUCAGAAGCCUGUGGUGACCUUCACCCACCUGGAGAUUCGGGUCACCUAUCCGCACUCACGGGAGUUUCUAUUCUUUCCCGACACACUGCUCGAUAAUCUUCUGCCCCUGGAAACCAAACAAUUUGAAUGGGCCCAACAACAGCCCUCCGAGGAGAGUCAUCAGGUGCGUUUUGCUUUAGGGGAAUCCCAGGAGGUCAGUCACCUUUUGACUUUUGCCAUUUAUGGCAACUACUAUUAUAAUGAUUGCACGUUUGGUGUCGGUACCGCUGAGGAGCAACUGGCCUGUGGUUAUAAGAAUCCAAAAAUAUAAAAAGAGCUUAAGAACAA